AAUGCCAAAUAACUGUAGAAUUUGUAAAACCCGCAAUCGAAAAACGAGUUUGAAUUUCUGUUCGCGCCAUAUCCGCGUCAAUGAGUCGCAUCCAUUGUAUUAAAGAUGGCGAACGGUGAACGACUCAGUGUGGAAAGCAUGCAGAAGGAACGCGGUCUUCACAAUCGUCGAAGCUACGAUGAAAAAAAAACAGUGCAGGAGAACAUUCACACGAAUCGUGCAAUUAUCUUCGUAGAUAAAAAACCUGUUGCUCAAUCAGUGGAUCAUUGAAAAUAUGUCGCGUAAUAAAAACGAUCAAAUUGAAAGUUACAGUGCAGUAUGAAAAAAGAAUAAUUCCCAAGUAAUAACAAAUAAGUGAAAAUUUGGCAAGAGGUGCAAGAAGAAAAGUGCAGCCUCACUACACACGACAAAAGAAUGGACACUUAGCCAACUUUACUAGGAAAAUUUUAAAAAAUGACGGCCACCGAGGAACGCGCUUUAGACGAUGCCAUUCAAGUGGCUCCACUGGUCCUGAGGGAUGCUGCGAAGCGUCAAAAGGUCGAAGAUCUUUUGGAACAGAUGAGAUUCUCCGCCGCGACUGUACGAAAGAUACAGGAGAUAUUUGUGUCAGAGAUGGAGAAAGGAAUUCAUCAACAGCCGUCAUCCCUUCAGAUGGAAAAUACUUACAUCCCUGAACUUCCUGAUGGAACAGAGUCUGGACUCUUUCUUGCACUGGAUCUGGGUGGUACGUACUUCCGGAUGAUACUUCUUGAACUGGACAUGGGACGUGUGGUACGUGAAACGGUACAGAAGUACGAUAUAAGUGUAGAACUCAGGAUCGGUUCUGGGAUUCGACUCUUUGACUAUCUAGCAGCUUGCGUCAGCGACUUUGUCAUCAACCAGGGUCUUCAGGAUGUAGAGCUUCCUCUUGGAUUCACGUUUUCCUUCCCGAUGAAUCAACAUUCUUUGGAUGUCGGCGUUCUGACCACCUGGACCAAGACGUUUAAUUGUCCUGAUGUCGUUAACAAGGAUGCUGUGAAGCUUCUCCGAGAUGCUCUGGAUAGACGUGGAGAUACCAAGGUUAAUGUACUUGUUAUACUGAAUGAUACUACUGGAACAUUGGUCCAAGGUGCGACUCAGGAUCCUGAUACAGCUGUUGGUCUUAUUCUUGGUACUGGUACCAAUGCCUGUUAUUUUGAAAGAGCUGAUAGGGUCGAGCACUGGGAGACUGAAAGACAUGGCGAGAAAGAAGUAAUCAUCGAUAUAGAAUGGGGUGCAUUUGGUGACAAUGGUGUACUGGAAUUUAUAAAGACUGAUUUCGAUCGCGAGAACGAUGCUAAUUCUUUAAUAAUCAAUUCCUUUACAUUCGAGAAAUAUAUCGGUGGCAAAUUCUUGGGUGAGGUGGUGCGUGUUGUGUUGAAACAAUUAUAUGAAAAAGGUCUUCUAUUCGAAUCGCAUAAUCCUACGGAUCUUUUAACACCUGGUACCCUCACGAGUGACCUGGUAUCUGACGUUGAAUCUGACACUGUACACGGUGGUUUUGAGAACACCAGAAAGGUCCUACAGAAAUUCGGAAUAACAACUGAAGAAGAUGAUAUGAAAAUCGUUCAAUAUGUAUGCGAAGUUGUAUCGAAUCGUGCGGCGCUUCUUAUUUCUAUAUGUCUGGCAGCUUUACUGGAGAGAAUGAAUAAAAAAUCAGCAACGAUAGCUGUAGACGGAUCUCUUUACAAACAUCAUCCACGACUCAAGGGUUGGAUGAAUCAGUAUAUCAGCCUUUUAGCUCCUAGACAUAAGUUCAAGCUGAUUGGCGCGGAAGACGGCAGCGGCAAAGGCGCCGCCCUGGUGGCGGCGAUAGCAAUGCGAUUGAAAAAAAGAUUAGAGUGAGAACGACGAAGUUUGAGAAUAAAAGAAUCUAAGAAUCAUUGGAAUUAGAGCCUGAAGAAACCUCAGUAGCCUUACGAUCGUUAUAGCGAACGGUGAAAACUUGACCUCAUCUGAUAUCUGACCUCACCCAUGCACCGGGUAUGAUUAACUUCGCACUAGCAGGUCGUUAGUUCUGUUUGAAACAGAGCGUGACUUCUGUUUAAAGAUUUUUUAAAAUUCUUUUUAUUUUAAUUUUUUUCUCUAUAUGCUUGAGCAACUCCUAUCUUGUAAAUUGUUCAACCUGUAAAGACAGUGCCGCCGUGUAUAAUUGAAAUAAUGUUGCCCGUAUUUCCUAUAGGUAAUAGUAUAAUAUCUUUUGAUUAUUUGCGGGAUAGAUAGAAAUCUAGAUUAUUUAGAAUAAUUAUCAACAUGUAUAUGUUAUAAGAUCGCAUACGAUCUCCUAGCCGUAAUGUGUUUUCUCUCGCCAUACAAAGACAUUCCUAUAAGAUUUUUUUUACUCUUGCAACGAAUAUUGUUGGUUUCACGGAAACACCUGCCGUUGUAGAAACUUCCGCCGUGACUUUUAUAUUUUAUUUUCUUACACGGUUCGUGAAGUUUCCUAUUAGUUUUAUUGGACUAUUGCACGAUUUCUCAGUGUUCAAUUAGGUUAUUCAAUUAAGAACGUGCAUCUAAACGUUAUAGUACGCACAACUAUUUUGUGCGUAAAUAUCUGUACAGCGGACAUUAGUAAUAGCAUCCAAAAACUAAGUAACUUGAUAAGACGCAGGCUAAUUAUUAAUUGUUUACCAAUACAUUAUAUAAGAAAUCAAUUUAUAUUCUCAGUCGGUAACCAUAUUUGUUUUUUUCGAUCAUUUGAAUUUGCGCGUUUAUCCUCUUAGCUUUAUCCACGAUUUAUUAGUCCAUGAUUUAUUAAUUCCUGACGCAGUGUUUUUCUCAUUUUUUUUUUAAUACCGUUAUUAAUCAUUAAGUAUCUGGUUUCAUGUUUUAUUAAUGAACGAAUCGCCUGGCUUGUUCUAGAAAUAUAAUAAUAAUAAUGAUAA